AUGUUUCUUCUUCCUUCCUCUUCCGAACAUGAUCAUCAAGAAGGAAAAAAUAUUCUCAUCAAAUUAUUCAAGAAUGGAGUGCUUGAUUUUUCAAAAGCAAGUGAAGUAGUGAAACAAGAUCGGGAAAUUGCCCAUCAAAUUCUAGAUCAUGAUCCGACCUCUUUUCAAUACCUCUCCGACUCGUUGAAAAACGAUCAUGAUAUCGCGUGGAAGGCUGUUUCAUUGAAUGGCUCAAAUUUCCAAUAUUGUUGUGAGGAAUUUAGAAAUGAUAAAUCAUGGAUGAUGAAAGCUCUGGAAAGUCCGAAUGGUUAUUGCAUGUUACAAUAUGCUAGUGAACAGUUGAGAAAUGAUGAACAAGUGGUCAUGAAUGCUGUUUCCAAGAAUGGAGAUUCGUUAAAAUAUGUGAGCGAAGAAUUGAAACAAAACAAACAAGUGGUAUUGCAAGCUGUGAGUAAUGAUGGACUUGCUUUGAAAUAUGCUCCGGAAAAUUUAGAAAAUCAAAAUCCAUUGUUUCCAAAGCAAGAUCGAACUGUGGUCAUGAAAGCAGUGAAAAAUGAUGGAAUGGCUCUGAAAUUUGCCUCUCCUGAAUUGUGUCAAGAUCGUGAAAUAGUUUUGCAGGCAGUGAAAAAUUAUGGACAAGUUCUACAAUUUGCGCAUGACGACUUAAAAAACGAUCUAACAGUGGUAUUGACAGCUGUGAAGCAAGGAGUUCUUAAUGGAAGUGCAUGGUGUGAACCCGAGUCAGUCAUUCAAUAUGCAAGUCGUGAAUUACGGAAUAAUCGUGAGGCCAUGUUAAAACUACUGAAAUAUGAAGCCAGUUAUUUAAUAGCUAAUGAGGACUGUCGGGCUCAAUUUGAAACUGAUCCAGAAAUUAUUUUACAAUACCAUUCCUCCCCAUACCGAAUGUAUGGAUUCGGAUUUGACAAGUUGGAUGAAAGUUUGAAAUCGAACAAAAAAUUUGUAAAGAAAUUUCUUAAACUCGUUCCCAACGAGAUCACACAAGCAAGUGAAGAAAUUCAGAGAGAUCGGUCCUUUAUGUUGGAAUUAUUGCAAGAAACAAAACGGUCCUUCUUAUCUCAAGUUCCAAAAUGUUAUGAAAAUGAUAAGGACUUCAUUUUAAAAGCUCUUGAAUUGAAAUCGCUAAAUUUAAGUGAAAUUCCUCAACAUUUACAGCACGAUAAGGAAUUCAUGAUGCAAGCAGUAAUGUAUUAUACUAGACACCCAAUUCGUAGAGAAAAAUUGAUUCCUGAAUUAUGGAGAGACAAGACAUUCAUGUUGGCUUUCAUUUCAAAAGAUCCAUUUAUUUUGAUAACUGCUCAUGAAGAGAUACGAAAUGAUCCUCAAAUCAUUUUAACUGCGUUAGAAACAUGUCCAAAUCCAUUACUCUUCAAUUAUGCGAGUUCACAGUUGAAACGAAAUCGAUUAUUUGUGUUAAAAAUUUUAGAUUUGUGUGGAGCUUGUUUGAACUAUGUGGAUGAAGAGUUGAAAAUGGAUCGUGAAGUGGUCAUUCGAGCCAUUAUGCAAGAUGGAAAUUCAUUGAAGUUUGCUCAUGAAAGCUUGAGAAGAAUGAAAGAUUUAACACUGAGAGCAUUGGAUCAAAAAAGGACGUUAUUCACUGUUGUGCAUGAGUCGCUUACUUGUGAUAAGGAUGUUUUGAUGAAGAUUGCAAACCAAGCAAAGGGGUGGUAG